AUGGCUAUAGAAUGUUCCAUAGCACCUUCAUCAAGGUCUUCUCCAUACGAUCCAUACAUACCUAAGGAGGGUGCUGCUGGUGGUCCACCUUCAAAAACUUUAGAAAUUCAAAAAAAAAUAGACGAGACUGUAGAAGUUAUGCGUGAUAACCUUAAAUCUGUUGCUGAAAGAGGAGUGAAAUUAGAUACUUUACAAGAUAAAACUGGUAAAGAAUUUAUGUUAGAGAGUAAAGAAAUACUUUAA